UCACAUGAUAACGUCAACAUGGCGGAUGAUGUCCGAAUCGCAUUCAUGCUUAACGGGAUCGGGGUAUAAAGUACGUACUCUUUUAGCGCUCGAUAAGCAAGUAUUUAUUGAAAUUAAGUACCUACUCAGAGAGUAUGCGGUUUCUAACGUAGCCUGUGUACAUUUCCUGAACUACAGCACGUAAUCGACUGAAACAGCUGACGGACUGAUCCAUUAUCAUAGAGUGACUUCAUAGGGUGACUUUGUGAAAGAAUGAUGGUUCAGUCCGAGGAUGGCCGCUGCUGUCGGUGUAAAUAAACAGGCAAGCGCAGCAUCGAUGGAUCCGUGUGUGCGACACGGCCGCGGAACCACCGCAAAUGCGGUGAAGGUGUUGGAGUGUGGUGUGUGCGAGGAUGUGUUUUCACUACAAGGGGACAAGGUGCCGCGGCUGCUGCUGUGCGGACACACAGUGUGUCACGACUGCUUGACCCGUCUGCCUCUUCACGGCAGGGCAGUUCGCUGCCCCUUUGACAGACAGGUCACAGAGCUGGGAGACUCAGGUGUGUGGGGCCUAAAGAAGAACUUUGCCCUGUUAGAAUUGCUUGAACGGCUACAGAAUGGAGCCACCAAUCAGUCAGGCAUGUCAGAGGAUGCGCUUCGUGACAUGGGCGAGUGUGUAAUCCGCUGUGAUGAGGAUGAGACUCACACUGCUUCCAUGUACUGCACGGUGUGUGCCACGCACCUGUGUGCCGAGUGUUCCCAGCUCACCCACUCCACCCGAACGCUGGCCAAGCAUCGGCGUGUGCCCCUGGCAGACAAGCCCCAUGAGAAGAUGCUCUGCCCGCAGCACCAGGUGCACGCCAUUGAGUUUGUCUGCCUGGAAGAUGGCUGCCAACCUGGGCCGCUCAUGUGCUGCGUGUGCAAGGAGUACGGAAAGCACCAAGGGCAUAAGCAUGCUGUACUAGAGGGUGAAGCCAACCAGAUUCGAGCAUCCAUCCUGGAUAUGGCACACUGCAUCCGUACGUUCACAGAGGAAGUGUCAGAGUACUCCAGGAAACUAGUGGGCAUUGUGCAGCAGAUUGAAGGAGGAGAGCAGAUCGUGGAGGACAGCAUGGGCAUGGCCCACACUGAACAUGUUCCAGGAACAGCAGAAAGCGCCCGGUCUUGCGUACGUGCCUACUUUGCUGAUCUGCAUGAGACGUUGUGUCGUCAAGAGGAAAUGGCUCUGAGUGUGGUGGACGCACACGUCCGAGAGAGGCUGAUCUGGCUUCGACAGCAGCAGGAGGACAUGACCAUACUGCUGUCACAAGUGUCCACUGCCUGUCUGCACUGCGAGAAAACACUGCAGCAGGAUGAUUGCAGGGUGGUUUUGGCGAAACAGGAGAUCAACCGACUACUAGAGACACUGCAGAAACAGCAGCAGCAGUUUACAGAGCUGGCUGACCAUAUUCAGCUGGAUGCAGGGAUCCCUGUUACUUUUACGAAGGACAACCGUGUGCACAUUGGUCCAAAGAUGGAGAUCCGGGUUGUGACUUUGGGCUUAGAUGGAGCUGGGAAAACUACUAUUCUCUUCAAACUGAAGCAAGAUGAGUUCAUGCAGCCCAUACCAACUAUAGGUUUUAAUGUCGAAACUGUUGAAUACAAAAACCUGAAAUUCACCAUUUGGGAUGUGGGUGGCAAGCAUAAACUCCGUCCACUAUGGAAACACUACUAUCUGAACACACAAGCGGUGGUGUUUGUGAUUGACAGCUGUCACCGAGACCGGCUGAUGGAGUCUCACAGUGAACUGGCCAAACUGCUGACAGAGAAAGAACUUAGAGAUGCUCUGCUGCUCAUCUUCGCCAACAAACAGGACGUUCCUGGUGCGGUGUCCGUGGAGGAAAUGACAGAGCUCCUGAGCUUACACAAACUGUGCUGUGGCCGCAGCUGGCACAUCCAGGGCUGUGACGCCCGCAGCGGUAUGGGUCUACACGAGGGGCUGGACUGGCUCUCACGCCAGCUGGUGGCUGCAGGAGUUUUGGAUGUGGCCUGAGGGACGCUUACCCACACUCAAUAGACUUAUGACUUACAACUCAAGCCUGUCCGUGUCAUUUGCACAGUCACCCUGCUCAUGUUUACCCAUGUCAUACAUUAGUAGACUUGCUGCUGUGUGCUCUCGUGGCUCAAUGGUGUACAUAAAUGGAGUGCUUUAAGUGAGGACUCAUCUGCCAGAUACCACCAAACAUAAUUUCAGCUCGUCACUCAGUUUGUAAAUAAAAAAAUCGUUUUGACACUUAUUAUGGAAGCCUAUGGGGCAAGUGUAGUUGAUCGCGCCAUAGGCUUCCAUUAUAAAUGCUUUACUGUUAAAAAAAAAAAAAAAAAAAAAAAAAGAUUUAUUUUUACAAAGUGAGAGUCGAAAUUGUGUUUGGUAAACAAAAUAUAUUUGCAGAUGCUGUCCAUAAAGUUGUUUAACCUGAACUAUUCCUUUGAAAAGAAGUUAACGAACAUGAACUUACGUACCUUCUGUCAAAACAGAAAUUUAAGAUCUGGGUUAUGAUGCUCCUCUUUAAGGUCAGUUUGCUCAUUCGCCUAAUAGUAACUAAUGCCCGGAAAUAUUUCUAGAUGUGCUUAAGCAAAAUAUACUGGUCAUUUUUGUACAGACACCCUCAUGAAAUCCCUGUAGUAUCAUGUGUGUAAACAACACAAGGUUUAAUAGAUUUAUUAAAUGUUUUAAUCGUAGGCAAAGCCCCUUAGAUAAGGAUAAAACUAGGCUCAAUCACCAGGUUCAUGGUUACUGCAAUGUGAAGUGCCUGUUGUGUAAGAUUAACCCUAGCUACUGAAAUCAUAGGAAAGGUCAUGUGAUCAAAUCCAUUGCCAUUGAUCAAACGUUACACACAAGUAAUAGGGUAAAUUUCACAAAACCUGUCAACAUGUGUAGGUCAUGAUUCCCUGUAAUAUAUAAAAAAAAAAAAGAUUUCGAAUCAAGAAAAUUCAACGUUUAUGAAUGUUGAGUUUUUGCAUUAUAACAUUGUUCAUUACAGUCAAGCACAUUAUACCCUCAUAUUCUCAUUACUGUAAAUUAAUGUGAAGUUGUUUUAAACAUUUAGACAUGGUAGGUAAUAUUUAUGGAUUUUUAUUGAAAUAAAUAAUUAAAUCAUUACUGGGAAUUAUAAUUUAAACAUCUGUAUGGAGUAUAAUGUGCUUAAUGGUUAUGAAAAUAUCAAUGUAAAAAAAAUCUGAAUGGUAGAAAAAUAAAAAAUAAAUUAUUUUGGGGGUAAAAUGUGACCCACACAUGUUUUUUGUUAGAUUCACUUUAAGGCAUACCAUUUUUUAAAAUGUCUCCAGCUGUUUUUAUGGCUGUUGUGAAUUUUUGGGGCUUUAAAUGAGCCUGUAAAUAUUUAUUGAUAUGUACUUUGUGGUCUUAAGACUGAUGCAUGGGUGUAGGUGUAUUUUCACCAUGUAUGGAGAGAUGGAUGUGUUUGUGGCAAAAAAAAAAAAAAGUUACUGAUUAUUUAUAUUUUAAAGAAUUGUAGUUGUCAUGGAUAUAAAGUAAACCUGCUUCUAGUUCAUCAGUCCACUGCUUACCUGCUAUAUCUUGAUUUGUUGAAACAAGAAACAUUUCCUAGCAUCUACACUUUAUAACGCAAAUGUGUCCGUAUGUAAACGCUCCAUUAUUUGACAGAUUAACUGCAGUAGUUGGGUUUAGGAACCAUCCUUUGGUUUGAAACAUUGAUCCUCAUUGCCAUGUAAUGUUGACUAACUGUAUUUAGAUGAAAAGCAUGUGUGAAGACUUUCCUUGUCCCCUAUUGCAGGAGGAUCUGAAGUUGUUAAAGACUUUGUUGUUAAUGUGAGUUUUGGAAGCCUCUCAAGAAGCACAGUGCUCACCCACAUUUGCUGUUGAUUUGAUGGCUUUUUGUAUAACUAUUCAUAACGUUAUGCUAUUAAAAACAAAGCUGAAUAAUGCA